GGCUGAGGCGCUCACCUGGCGCGCAGGUAGAGGCGGAUCGGCCGGAAACGGAAACCGGCCUACCAGCCAGACCCGGAAAAUACCGGAACCGACCCUCGGAGACCCCCUCUUGGAAGUAUUGGGGCAGAUAGUCAAUGUCUUCUACGUUAAGAAAUGCCCCGACCCCAUCCCAUUGCUGCCUCUCAUGGUAGGGGCUCACCACGUACCUCUCAUCGCCGCAGCCCACCUACCCUAGAACUUGAGCUGCCACAGCCUCGACGAGGGAGCCCUCCUGAGGAUAUUACUUUUAUCUCGGGUUCUGCCGAAACACCACCUGAAGAGCCCCCUUGUUGCCCACCACUUUCUCGUGCUUGGGCCACUUAUAAGGCUGUGCUGUGCUAUGUGAUAUCCUGCAGUCGAUGUUCCCAAAAAGACCCUGAAGUUUAUUUGCCUUGUUCAGUAGAGGGCUCUGAUGGUGGUAACUUAAAUGGCCACCCUGCUGGUAGCCCUCGUCCCCCCAGAGUGUGUGAGAGAGGAAAGAAGGUUGGCUUGGGUAGCAGUUUCAGUUAUCCAGACUUAAAGCUGAAAGGAGUCCCUGUCUACAAUAACAAGCAGCAGACAUGUGCUACGCCAGUAUGUUUGGAAACAACAAAAGAGCUACCCACUCAACUUGCUCCUGGUCCUCCUCGAAGUUCAGCUGGCGAUUACUAUUCAUUGCAUGAGUCUGACCCAGAGUUUUCUCGGUUAAGUGGGUCUAUGUCUAGUGCAGAGAUAGAUGUUCUAAUCUGGCAGAAACUGACAGAGCUGUUUAGCCUUCACCAAAUUGAUGAGUUGGCACGAUGCACUUCGGAGACUGUCUUCUUAGAAAAAAGCAGUGAAAUUACAGAGCUUAUUAGCAGCCUGACACAGGACUACCAAUUGGAGGAACAGGAUGCUGAGUGUCGGCUGGUUAGGGGUAUAAUCCGUAUUAGCACUCGCAAAGGCAGAACGCGAGCUUCCACCCGUGGAGGGAAUAAGGGUGGAGGGCACCAGUACAACAGUCGGAAUGGUGUAAAGGCUCCAGACAGUGGCAAUGAAACAAUGCAUGAGUCUGUACUGACCAGCCAAGAUGAAAUGGACGUGCAGAUAUCGGAAGAGACAACAUCAGACCUCAUAGCUCGGAACAUGAGGCGGUUCAGUGCCCCAGGGUCUCCCUAUCUUAAAGAUGACUCCCUGCAGGACACAGAGACUGACUCCUCGGGGACACCAUUGCUGAAGGUGUACUGUUAAAUCUUGUGAAGCCCUAUCUGCACUGCCUUGCAGGCCCUGGAAAUAGCUGUGGAACAAUACUGAUUCUCCGCUGAGGCCAAUAGAGCUCCUGAGAGCAUUUGUAUUGGAUUGCUUAUAUGGUGCAGACUGUUAUUGCUUGGUAGCACAAACACUGAUUACUUCCCAUUGCCUUAAAUGUUGAAGCAUUGACGUGGGACUUUGGAGCAGAAGGGAUUGUUCGUUCUGUUGGAGCUUUUUUUUUUUUUUUUGGUGGUUGUAUUGGAAAUGUUUACAUUGUUCAAUUAACAGGUGAUCACUUGUACAAAACAUUUUUAUUUUUUUAAUGGCACCAUUUUCGGUUCCUUUUUUUCACUUUUUUUUUUUGUUGUUUUAAAUUUAAAUUCACCUUCAUUUGAGGUAUCAGCAACCUUUUGACUUUUUUAAACCUUCCACUGCCCCAAGCAGAUAAACUGUGUACAAUUUAUAAAUCUACAUAAAUGAUUAAUUCUGGGAACUAA